GAUUGUGUGCACGCUCAAAGCAGGAACUAUCCCGUACCUAUUGUGUGGUACGGUAGUCAGUGUCUACGGCAAAGGUGCGGAUCUCAUUGACGUGGUCAUGGAUUCGAAUUUCAUUGGUGGAGGCAGUUUGGGCGGGAGAUGUCCACCCGGACGAGGAAAGAGUAUCAAAAGCGCGGGCUUUCUGAACAUCACGUAUGGCGAGAGGAAACAGGGCAACCAAGGAGUCAGUGCAUCACAUCCCAACAGACAACACAACACACGCCAGCAACACGUGGUCACCAGUGGACGCAGACAAUCGC